AAGCUUAUCUCCUCACACGACCUGCUUAUAUUGUGCAAUACCAAAAUGCCUGUAGCUGGACCGUCGCGACGAAUAGUUCGCCGAAGGGAACCUUCUCCCGAUGCCAUUGAAGAUGAGGCCAGCCGAGUUGCAUCGCAAGAAACCGUAGAAGACGAUGAUAUGGAAGAUGAAGAUGAUCGACCUCGAAGGAAGGCAUUGAAGGUCAAGAAGGAGAAAGGCGCAUUUGAAAAAAUCGAGAACCCAGAAGAGAUUCUUGCAAACCUUGGGAACCAACCCUUGGAUAGGGCUGCGCUAAUGAAGGUUGGCGGUGUUGCUCUGGAUUGGGCACAAAUACGCAAAGGUCCAUUUUCCUACACAUUCAAUCUCAUAGCGGACGUAGCGCCUUCUUUCGCCGAAUUUGCAGAAGGGGAGCAAGGAGAGCAGAGUCUCGCAGAUCUGGAGGCGACAAUGAAGCGAUUGAUCGACACCGAGAAUGAGCUUUCGGUCCAUGAAACCGUUCUGAAUGAACUUCGAGAGAAGAUUGCUCUGGGAGAGGAAGUGAGCAAUGUGGUGGAACGCUAUCAGACUGGAGUGCAAGAAAAGAUGGCCGAAUACAAGAAAAGGACGGCUCGUCAGAAGUAUGGGAAGCAUGACCAGUAUAAUAAAUACCGUCAAGCUGUCUUCGAAGUACAACAUCCGGAUACCGCCAUGCCACCCGUCACAGAGUUCCUUCCUCGCGAGGCGGGCGAUGAUAGUGAUGAUGAUGACGACAUUCAAGUUGGAGGUGUUACUCAAGAUUACAAGUGUCCAUUAACGUUGACGAUCUUGGUUGAUCCCUUAACCUCAUCUGUUUGCGGCCAUUCCUUUUCGGCGAAUGCAAUACGCGAAUACAUGGCAGGCAAACGUUCGGUCCAAUGUCCAGCGUCAGGUUGUCACAAGAUGCUCGCUUUAGCGGACCUCAAACCUGAUCAAGAACUCGCGAAGAAAGCGAGAGACGCUGCUAGACGUGAACGUGCGAGAGAAACCAGUGAUGACAGUGAGGAUGAUGAGGUUAUUGAGUAGAUGUGCAGAGGUGUCGUUGGGGUCUGCUUUGUUCGCUUUGGACAUAUGAUAAUGUACCAUUAUUAUUGGUACUGUAUAUUGUGAUAAUGUUGUUCUCUUACCCUUCACAGAUCUUCAGACACCA